CUCAAACCUGACGUUCGGAGAAGCUACCUAAAUACCUACCUAGUAGGCCCCUAGGUACCUUAAGGUAACCAGAGUAACUAUCCGAUAACUACUUGGUAGACCUAUUUGCUGAACCUACAUGAUUCGAUUCGCAAAUAAAAUAGUCAGGACAGCAUCCCAUCUUAUUCACAUCUGAUCAGAAAGUGUCAUUUGGCCCAGUCAAUAUUAAAUACUACUUUACCUACAUAGCAAAUAAUACUAAAGGGCCUUAUCAAGCUGGAAAGAAUGCUAAAAAUGGGGUGCCCAAAGAUCGCCUGUAUUGCACUUAUCGGCAAAGCUGAUAAUCCUCUUCAUAUCUCAAUGUUUACUCCAUACUCAGACUCCGAACUCGACUUUUCUUUCCUUCUGAAUUCCUGCCUUGAUCUGUUGGAAGUUCGACAGAAGCAGACAUCGAUUGAUCAGGACCUCGGUCUCCUCCAUGCCGUUGAUGAGAGGUUUGCCGCUUAUGGCUGGCAAACCACCACUGGUGUUAAAUUUUUGAUUAUUGUGGAUGUAGUUGGAGAAUCGAUGUCAGCUGAAAUGGAAAGAGUAAAGGACAUUUCGGUUGUUGGGUUAGGAGACUCAGAUCUUAAACCGGUUUUUCGAGCGAUCCAAACCGCCUACAUCCAGCUGCUCCAGAAUCCAUUCUAUUGUCCUGAUGGCCAAGCUCUUGGGGCGAAAGCCACAAUCUCGAACCCGGGCGGCCUACAAAUCACAAACCAGAAGUUUGUUUCAGAGAUUCAAAGAAUUGGUAAUUUGUGGGUUCCUGGUUUAGCAUCGAUUUGAUCAUUCAGUCUUAUGGUCUAUAUAUAGAUGCAUUUCAUACUCUAUCCGGUAGACUGUAGGCUAAAUACUUUCAUGGAGAUAUUACAAUGACAUAUCAUUGAGAAAAAUAAAUUACUUUAAACUACUCCUUGGUAUUGUUAAUAUUGUACUGUUUUGUGGUUAUUCUUUAUUCUAUGGCGUAUAUAUGUUUUGGUAUGCC